GUACAAACUUCGAACCCGUUCAAAAUUUUCUGACUUUUAUUCGUUUUUACUGCCUUAGCAGUUCACCAAUACUCAAACAAUUAAAUUCGUCGAUACGCUAGAAAAAAAAAUGGCACUGAAAGCGAUUGUUGGACAGAAGAUUAUGGACGAAAUGAUCAAACAGAAAGAUGUAAAAAAAGGUACAGUGGAAAAACCGAUCUGGCGGGUGCUGGUGGUCGAUCAGUUGGCGAUGAGAAUAAUAUCUUCAUGUUGCAAUAUGCACGACAUGGCAGACGAACGGGUCACCCUUGUCGAAGAUCUAAACAAGAACCGUGAGCCGUUGCCCACAAUGGACGCAGUUUAUUUUAUCACUCCAUGUGAAAAGUCCAUUGGCACACUCAUCAGAGACUUCUCUAGUCCGGGGAAACCAAUGUACAAAAAUGCUCACGUAUUCUUCACUGAGGUGUGUCAAGAAGAACUUUUCAAUGAACUGUGCAAUUCAAUUGCUGCCAAAAAAAUUAAAACUCUCAAAGAGAUAAACAUCGCGUUUCUACCUUAUGAAAGUCAGGUGUUUUCUUUAGACUCCCGUGAAACAUUUCAAUGUUUCUAUAAUCCAUUACUAGUAAGCAGUCGCAUCCCAAACAUGGAGCGUAUUGCAGAACAAAUAGCUACUGUUUGUGCUACAUUAGGGGAAUAUCCGGCUCUACGAUACAGAAGUGACUUUGAACGCAAUGCUGAAUUGGCUCAAAUUGUACAACAAAAGUUAGAUGCUUAUAAAGCUGAUGAACCAACAAUGGGUGAAGGUCCAGAAAAAGUGCGUUCACAGUUAAUUAUAUUAGACAGAGGAUUCGAUUGUACAUCUCCAGUUUUGCAUGAGCUUACAUUUCAAGCUAUGGCUCAUGACCUUUUGCCAAUAGAAAAUGAUGUUUAUAAAUAUGAACCCAAUACUGGAUCUUCUCUUAUUAAGGAAGUGUUAUUGGAUGAAAAUGAUGAACUCUGGGUGGAACAUAGACAUCAGCAUAUUGCUGUUGUAUCCAAGAAUGUAACACAACAAUUGAAGAAAUUCUCAGAUUCUAAACGCAUGUCUACUGUUGAUGAAGGUACCUUUUCUAUGAGCGAUUUAUCUGAUAUGAUCAAGAAAAUGCCUCAAUAUCAAAAAGAAUUGAGCAAGUAUUCAACUCAUUUACAUCUAGCUGAAGAUUGCAUGAAAUCUUUUCGAGGUAAUGUAGACAGACUUUGUAAAGUAGAACAAGAUCUUGCUAUGGGUACUGAUACCGAGGGCGAGAAGAUCAAAGAUCAUAUGAAAUGUAUUGUGCCCAUAUUGUUAGACUCGAAUGUGUCUAGCAACGAUAAAAUAAGGAUAAUUAUAUUGUAUAUUUUGUCAAAAAAUGGAAUAUCAGAAGACAAUCUUAACAAACUGAUACAACAUGCCCAACUGUCACCAAUUGACAAACAAACAAUUGUCAAUUUGAAUUUGCUCGGUAUCAACUCUAUUGUAGAUGGUAACAGAAAAAAAUAUUAUCAAAUUCCACGUAAAGAGCGUAUUUCUGAAGAAACAUAUCAGAUGUCUCGUUGGACACCAGUGGUCAAGGAUUUAAUAGAAGAUUGUAUCGAAGACAAAUUGGAUGCUAAACAUUUUCCUUUUCUAGCAGGCAGAGCUACUUCAUCUGGAUACUAUGCACCAUCUAGUGCACGUUACGGACACUGGCAUAAGGAUAAAGGCAAAGGACAACAACUUAUAAAAAAUGUGCCAAGAAUAAUAAUUUUUGUGAUAGGAGGAAUCAGUUUUUCUGAGAUGAGAUGUGCAUAUGAAGUAACUAGUAAUGUCAAAAACUGGGAGGUUAUUAUAGGUUCAUCACACAUUCUUACACCAGAAGACUUCAUUAAAAAUUUAUCAACUUUAAGUCAAUAAAUCUUGUUCACUUGACAAUUUUAAAGUACCUAAUAUUAUUU